AAUCAAGUGUAUACACCCUGCCAUACACCUCAAUAAAUUGAAAGAAGUAGGCUAGUAUAGGGUUUUGAACAACUGCCAUAGCCUACAUGCCUAUUUGGUGUAUCUUUUCGGGCCUGUAUUAUUUCAAGCAAAUGGGCUGGGUCAACACGUAUCAGCCUCCUAUGUUGUCACGUAGCAGGAGGUCCAGUCGUUACUAGGGGCGUGGAAUCAAUGUGUAAAAAGGGGGCCUCGCAGUUGCAUACAUUGUGCGAUGCGAAAGGUUGGCAAGCUAUUAACGUUGUCAAUUUAAUGCUGAGAAUAUUCACCUGGACAUUCAAUCAACAUUACGUUGAAGACUCAUCGCCUCUGAAAGGCGUAUGAGACACUCGCUCCGGUAACCUGCAGAAAGCUCCCACCACAUCGGAUGAGACCGCCUGCAUAGCCGCUAGUCAUUAUGCGGCAACAGGGCUAUAUAAGACGUAGGCGAGGGAUGCAAGAUUGGAUGUGCAGACUGACAUCGUUCCUGUGAUACCCCCAUGCUGGAAAAUUGCGUAACCAAGCGGGUGCUGCAGGUCUUCCGUCCCCACUCUGCCUUAGUGUCCGGAACAACCAUAUGGCUGUCAUCAUCUAGAAACGUCAGUGACUCAAAAGUGAAAUUGCCAUGGAAUCGGGUACAGAGCACGAUGGAUUUAAAUAUCCAUCUGUUCCCAAUUCACAAUGUGAUCUCAACAUAAAUAUUUAUGAGACCAUCAGCGACAGAAACGUCAAUAAUAUGGGCACUUCGACAGUCGUGCGAGGUGGGAGCGACCCAAGUUCGUAUCCUCCAUCGAAUUAUCAGCUGAUCGUACGUCAAAGAUUCAUCAGGAGAAGUUUGUGGUUCUCGGACUCUGAUGAACAGGCUUUUGAGGUGCCAGAAUGUGACAACAGCAGUAAAAUCGUCAACAUAAACCUGCGCACGAUAGUUGACAGAACACGGGGGGCUUGGUCGGGGCCACAGGAGGGCUCCAGCACCGAGAGUCAAGGGGGGCAGAAAGACAGCGCCACAGAGAGUGCCAGUGCUGAUGAGAAGGAGAAAGCUGGGGAUGCAUUGAACGUUGCAUCCACCGACGGCAGUAAAAAUGCUAUCAGAACUGCCAGCGACGAGAACGAGGAAGAGGCCGAAAUGAAAGCUGUUUCCACAUCCCCUGGGGGACGGUUUCUCAAGUUUGAUAUUGAGCUCGGGAGAGGGUCCUUCAAGACUGUCUAUAAAGGUCUGGAUACCGACACGUGGGUGGAAGUUGCCUGGUGUGAACUUCAGGAUCAAACUGGAACACGAUGAUAAUUGGGGCUAAAGAGCAAAUGAUGACCAGGCAGAAAGCCCUAUGAUGAUGGUGGUGAUGAUGAAGAGGAUAAAGGCCAUGUGAGGACCGUAAGCUGACCAAAGUAGAGCGUCAGCGGUUUAAGGAGGAGGCAGAGAUGCUGAAGGGGCUGCAGCACCCCAACAUCGUCCGCUUCUACGACUUUUGGGAGUCACCCCUUAAAGGGAAGAAGUGCAUCGUCCUGGUAACGGAGCUCAUGACCUCAGGCACGCUCAAAACGUAUCUGAAGCGCUUCAAGGUAAUGAAGCCCAAGGUUCUGAGGAGCUGGUGUAGGCAGAUCCUGAAGGGUCUUCACUUCCUCCACACCAGGGCCACUCCCAUCAUCCACAGAGACCUGAAGUGUGACAACAUCUUCAUCACGGGCCCCACCGGCUCCGUCAAGAUAGGAGACCUGGGGUUGGCCACGCUCAAGAGGGCCUCCUUCGCCAAGAGUGUCAUAGGCACCCCAGAGUUCAUGGCCCCAGAGAUGUAUGAGGAGCACUAUGAUGAGUCAGUGGAUGUCUAUGCCUUUGGGAUGUGCAUGUUGGAGAUGGCCACCUCAGAGUACCCGUACUCGGAGUGCCAGAACGCUGCACAGAUCUACCGCAAAGUCACCAGCGGGGUGAAGCCUGCCAGCUACAACAAGGUUGUGGAUCCUGAAAUCAAGGAGAUUAUUGGCGAGUGCAUCUGCCAGAAGAAAGAGGAGCGGUACUCCAUAAAGGACCUGCUGAACCACGCCUUCUUUGCAGAGGACACAGGGGUGCGGGUGGAGCUGGCUGAGGAGGAUGAUGGGAAGAAGGCGGCCAUCGCCCUGAAGCUGUGGGUGGAAGACCCAAAGAAGCUGAAGGGAAAAUACAAGGAGAGUGGAGCCAUUGAGUUUACCUUUGAACUGGAAAAAGAGAGCUCGGAGGGCGUGGCCCUAGAGAUGGUGGAAUCAGGGUUCUUCCAUGAGAGUGAUGCUAAGAUCGUGGGGAAGUCGAUCCGGGACCGCGUAGCACUUAUUAAAUGGAGGCGGGAGAGGACUGUGUCGGCCCUACCCCCAGUGAACCAGGGAGAGGCAGGACUCAGGGCCCAGGCCACCCUAGCCCAGGGGACCUCUGCUGGGGCUACACAGGCAGGACAGCCCCCUUUGAUUGAGCCCAACGAGCCAGGAGCAGACCAGCACGCCAGGCUAUGUAACCUUCCGGCCAGCGCAACCUCUGUCACAUCAGACAGUACCUUUGACAGCGGCCUGGGCUCCACUGUGUUUUCUGACUCCCACAGCAGCCAGCACAAUGUCCUCUACCAGUCCCAAGUGGAGCCCAUCACCAUGGCAAUGCAGCAGCGUCAGUGUUUGGCUUCAGCACGUCCCCGAUCCUGUGAAAGGGGCGAGGGGUGGAAAGCAGCCCUGGGGCCAGAGUUCCGAGUGUGUGCAGGGACACGGAGAGGGAGUGCCUCGGUCAUUGACACUCUUAGGGGCAACAACGACAUCCCUCUUCAUAUGCUCCUGCAACCUAUUACCUCUGGGUCCUGCAGCCAACAGAGAGCUUCCAGUCCCUCCCCCACAUCACCAGACGACCAGUCAGAGAGCAGCCCCUCUGAGUCCCGCUCUGAGGCCGAGGACGGCUUCCCUUCCCCGAGUGCAUUUCCUGCCCCCAUCCUCCUGGCCCCCCCAUCCCCCACAUACUCUGAGGCCCGACGUCAUAGUGACUCUUCUAUAGAAUCCCCGACAUUGGAAGCCACCAAUGGAAGUAGGUUGAAGUCUGUGUCAGUGGAGGCAGCAGUGGGGCGGAGGCACUCGGACCUUAGCACGCUGCACAGCCUAAACUCUGCCCUUCAACACCACCAUCAUCAUCACCAAGGCGCACCCAGAAACCACCUGUGCCAAGCCUGCCUCUCUCUGCUGCUGCUGAAGUCACGAGAAGGGGGGCACAAGAAGCACACUGCUUUUCCCUUUCCACCACACCCCUGUGCUUGCCCCCACCGGCACCACCACUUCUCCAGUGGGAUGACGACAACUGCAGGGUUAGGAGGGAUGAAAGGUCCAAGUCAUACAGGAAGUGACUUCUCUGACCUCUCCUUAUUACAAAAGAACCUGAUGAACAUCAUCAGCCGUAAAACCACCCCAUCCAACCAGGGCCAAGCCUCCCUCCUCCACCUGCAUACAGCCCAACAGCCUGUACGGAGCUAUGGGGAUGGUAGUCUGAAGUUAACCCAGAGAGGCAGCUUCAGUGGUGACCACACAGCACCCCCUCUAGCCAGGCCCACACAGGACCACAAGGCCAGCUACUGUGCUGGGGAGCACCGAGCCACCGGGCCUCCGGGAGUGCCCAGUGCUGUGCAUGCAUUGCUCCAGAACCAGUCAUCUCUCCAGGGCCAGCCUGCCUCUGCCCCAGCCCUGCACACGCCCCUGCAGUACCUCCAGCCUGGCCACAGCUAUCCCGUCAGUCCCCUGGCAGGCUACUCAGCUGCAGCUCUACAACACACCCCAGCCUCAGCAACUUACACAGCAUCAAACAUUCCUCUGCAACAUAACAAUACUGGACAUAGCUACCCAGCUCCAGCUCUGCAAAAGACAGCAACAGCAGCAAGUCAUUCAACUGCAAAUGUACCACUUCAACAGCCUGCAGCAAGCUUUUCAGCAGCUACCCUGCCCCUGCAACAACCACACACUGCAGCAAGCUACACUGCAGCAACUAUGCCAAUCCAACAGACACCAACUCCACAGAGCUACAGUGCCCCAACUCAGCAACAAAUGACUCAAACUGCUGCAAGCUACCCAGCUCCAAUUCUGCAACAGACCCCAACAGCAGCAAGCUUCUCAGCAGCAGGAGCCAUGCCUGUCCAACAUACUGUAUUGGCAGCUAGCAUAGGAACUGCAACAAUACCCUCACAACCAGCUGCACAGAGCUACCCAGCUCCAGUGGAGCAUCUGCAACAUCUCGCUCCCCCACAGAGCUAUGCAUCUGUAGCCCCAACUGCAACUGUGGUCCACACUGUACCUAUACCCUUUCUCCCUACUCAGGAUCCCAGUGUUGCAACACAGCCUCUAGCUGCUGCUGUGCUUCCCCCAGUCCAGCCUUGCCCAGCGCCACACAGCCUCCCAGCCACAGCCAUGCCUCCCAGUCUGCAGCCAGGCCAGUCUAGUCCCAUGCAUCACAGCCAACAGACUGUGCCGGUCCCCAUUCAACAGCAACAUAGCCAGCCAAUGCCUCAGCCCUCAGCACAACACCGCCAACAGCCUGUUCAGCAGCACAACCAGCAAACUGUGCAGGUCCCCGUACCCAAACACAGCCAGACAAUGGCCCAGCCCACUGUCCAACAGGCUCCAGUAGUCCAGAGCUAUCAGUCACCUGCCCAUACUGUGCAGCAAGGUUCAACCCUCCAGAGUUACCCCAACGCUGCACCCCUAAUGGGGCAACUGAACACUGCUUCACAGAGCUACACACUCACAGCCCCACACAUAAAACAACAGGCUGCACCGGUACAAGGCUACACGCCAACGAAACCCAGUGUGAUGGGUCAGGCCUGUCCAUCUGCUCCACAGCAGGCUGCAGCCCCUAAGACCUACCCAGUGGCCCCCAUAGUGCAACAACAGACUGGGACUGCCACUCCACAGCACAGCCAGGCCCAGGCAGCUACACUACCACUAGGCCAACAGAACCAACCCUAUGUCUUCAACGCAGUUUUCCUGAACCAGAAUUUUCCUGCUGCUCAAAGCCUUUCCCAGCACCACCAAUCAUCAUCUAGUCUGCCUUCCCAGGCAUCGCCUCCUCAGCAUCUAUUGGCUCAGGCCUCUGUCCCUCAGCAGCUGCAGCCACUGCAGAUCUCCACCUCUCUGCCACCAACACACCUUUCCCAGUUUUCCUCACCGUAUCCCAACAUUCAAGUGGUGACCUCUCUGACUGGAUGUGACACAUACACUCACCCCUGCCCUGUUCCCCAGUCCUACCCUUCCUCUUUGCCCCCUCUCUACCUCUCCCCAGAUCAGCCUGCCACUCUGCCCCCCUCUGUCUCGUCCCUCGCCCCCUUGCAUAUAGAGAAUGCUCUGGCGCCCCCCACCUCUGUGCCCCCGAUAUCCUCACACACACCCCUGCUGGCCAUGACAGCACCCACACUGCCACAGCAUCAGCAGAUGUACCCCGCUGCUCUGCAACAGAGUGUUAUGACACACACACACCCUCACACACAGCUCCCCACUCUCACACACCCAGUUCACUCACACCUUGCCUUACUGCCUGGACAACAGAACACACAACCGCAGAAUACACACCACAUGCACCCAAAUUCUUUUCAACACGUCACACACCCCACAUACUCACACCCUGCUGCUGCACCUGAACUUGCUCUGCCGAGCUUUCUGCCCUUAAGACAGCAGGUCCAGCAGCAGGCCAAGGCCCAGCUUCCAGAUGCCAUCCCCUUUGCACAGCCUAAUCAGCCUUCCCAGCCUGCAGUUUUCUCCCCUCCAAUACAGACUGUGUCGGACCCUGGCACAGGUACUGCCGCAACCCAGCUUGACCUCAACCAGAACCCCAGCCAAACCCAGUCCAAGCAUCAGCAUCAGGCCCAAGGCCAGAGCCAACCACAGGCUCCAGCUCCACUACCCCCUGACUCCCAGACAGCAGCCCCUUGGCCUGCCAGCACCAGCCUGACUCAGCAGAACCAGGCCGGUGCGAGCAGAUACUCAGGGACCACACUCACCUCGGGACAGGCUCAAACAGAGUCCAAUCUGGAGGAUCCUGGUGCAGAGAAGCAGGCUUCAGGGGCCAGCUACUCCUACGACAGUGUGAACUCCGACGCCACCUCAGGGAAGGAGAUGAGCGAUGGUAACGAGGGGACGCACGGAUCAGGGAAGGGCGAGGGGAAGGUCCGGAAACACCACCGCCGCUCCACGCGCACCCGCUCACGCCAGGACAAGAUCAACAAGCCCAAACUCAGCAUGCUCAAUGUGUGUUAUACAGGGGAUAAGAUGGUGGAGUGUCAGCUGGAGACACACAACCACAAGAUGGUUACCUUCAAGUUCGACCUGGAUGGAGACGCACCUGAGGAGAUAGCCACUUACAUGGUGGAGAAUGACUUCAUCCUGCUCCUGGAGAAGGAGAUGUUUAUAGAGCAGUUAAAGGAUAUUGUGGACAAGGCUGAGGACAUGCUGAGUGAGGACACGGAGGGGGAAAGGAUUUCUGACCACGUGGGCAGUCCCCAGCAGAGCCACGGAGCAGUCAUACUGGGGGGAGAGGGUACAAAGACGGCUACACCUAAUUCACCACAACUUGUGUACCAGCAGAACGUCCUCCACACCGGGAAGCGCUGGUUCAUCAUCUGCCCCGUGGCCGAGACGCCCACGCCAGACAGAGAGAGGACUUCAUCAGACACCUCUACAACCAAGGAGGCUCCUGUCACAUCAUUGUCUAGGUCCAGUUGCAGUACUACUCCGCCAGUGUCUGCCCCAACUCCUGUUCUUUCCCUGACCACCACACCCCCUACUCCAGGCCCCUCUGCAUCUCAAAGCUCUGCCCAGUCUCAGGACACCAACGUAGGCAAGGCCAGAGUUCAGCAGCCCCAGGCCUCUGGAACCAAACCCUCCAGCACCAGUGCUACAACUGCUGCCAUGGGCCGCCACGACACUCUUUCAGGCAGCGAACCCUGCAUCUCCAUGGUAACAGACAUCCCAUGCUGCCCCAUUGUCCCACCUGUGUCCCUGGAUGUGAAUGGGGCGGGACAUAAAGGGGUGAGUGGCACUUCCUCAUGUCUACCCAAUCAGGAGGCCAGCCUGUCAGGAGACCCGCCCCCUCCCCUGGACUCCCACCAGCCAGUGGUCCUGCAGCAGCCCUAUGCCAUGCCAAGCAUGGUGGGUGGAGGAGGUGGAGCCAGAACACCAUCACAGCCCCAGAGUCCCGCCCACCAGGCGUCCCAGCAGCAGGAUGGACCUGGGGGGUCUGGGAGUGGAGGUGGUUGCGGCCUGGGGGAGUCUGAUGGAGAGGGCCCGCCCAGGGUGGAGUUUGUGGACCGUACCAUCAAGACUCUGGAUGAGAAGCUGAGGAACCUGCUGUACCAGGAGUAUGCCCAAUCUGCUCCCUCCAGCACCGCCUUCGACCUCCAGGGCUCCAACACAGAGGGGAUCAGCUCUCCCCCUGUCUCUGACUGCCAGACCACCUCUGAAGGGGGGCUGGUAAAGAUGCACUGUGUGUCUGUGUCCACCAGAUAUUCGGAUUGGGGCAGCAGCAGCGUUUUAUCUGAUGGAGGGAUUCCUGAGCGUACUGAUAGUUUGGGUACACUGAGUGACUCUGCAGGAUUGUUGAACAGGAGAGACUUUGUGGGCAGUUCCAGUUCCUAUGUCUCCAAGAGCCGCUUUCAGAUCAUCCCCACUCCUCCGGACGUCAUCCGUCGUUUAGAGAAGGGCAGAAGUCGCAAUGGUUCGGGGGGCUCUCGCGCCGCAGCCGAGGGGGGCAGCCCACGAGACCAGGGGUGUAUGGUCAUGGGUAGGUUCUCAGUGAUGACCGCUGAAGAGGGUGCGGAAAACGCCCCCAAACCCCCCUGUAGUAACCGCUACUCAGCCCCUCCAGACUUGUACCAGGAGACCACCGCCUCUAGCCCCAUCGCCACCCCCAGCCUGCUCCCACGUGCCCACACUGCUGAUGCUGCCACCAACCACUCCUUUCACUUCGACUCUGACUCGGGGGAGGAGGACACCAGCAGUUUAGCCCCUCCCCUUGCCCACCACAAGCCUCCGGCUCAUGCCCUCCCGGAACACAGCGGAAGUGACCUCAUGAAGAGGGCGGUGGCCUUCCUGCGCCGCACUGGCCGCAGCAGUGUGCAGAGCUCUGAUUCGCCGAGCCGGCAAUCCGUGGUAGCGAAUGGCCACACCGUCCUGCCGCCUGGACCUGGCCAUGUAUCAUACGUCAGCAGUGACAACGACUCUGAGUUUGAGGAUGCGGACAUGAGGAAGGAGCUGCAGAGGCUGAGGGAGAAACACAUGAAGGAGAUCUCUGAGCUGCAGGCGUUCCAGAGGAGUGAGAUAGAGCGUCUGUAUAAAGAGCUGGGGAAAGCCCUGCCGCCUGGUGUAGGCCUGUUGCACGCUGCUCCCCCUAGUGGCCGCAGACGCAAGGUCAGCAAACACAAGCUGAAGGCAGGCAAGUUGCUCAACCCCAUGGUGCAGCAGCUGAAAAACAAUCUGAAUACCACCACCACCACCGGUGAGAGCGCACCGAGCUCGUCUGGCUCUCCAGCUAAGAGCUCCAUUGUGUCUGACGGCUCGGCCCGCUCCAGUGGCAGCAGCAGUACCAGUGGCACUCGGCCCGGCAAGGCCCCAGAGCUUGUCCAGACCCAGCAGCCCUGCUCUCUCAAGGGCUCGUUCUCUUCUGACAACAUCUACGGUGGAGGCGUGGCCACACACGUAGGCCCAGGGCAAGGCUGGACGGUAUACCACCAAACAUCAGAGAGAGUGACCUAUAAAUCUAGUAGCAAACCACGUGCUAGAUUCCUCAGUGGACCCGUGUCUCUGUCCAUCUGGUCCACACUGAAACGACUAUGUCUAGGCAAAGAGCGCAGUAGUAGGUCUUCUCACGGCGCCAGUGCGACUCAGACGGCAUCCAAUCAGCAACAGCCAGAAGCUGUCCCCAAUCCUUUGCCAUCUCCUCAACCAAUGACGGUGCUAGCUCAGGCCCAGACAAACAACAGCAACAACAAGAAACCAGGUACUUUCACGGACGACCUGCACAAGCUGGUAGAUGAUUGGACGAAGGAGACGCUGGCGGCCACACAGCCGCGGCCCUCUCUGAACCAGAUAAAACAGCAGAGACGCAUGCAGGACCUGGAGGGUCUAGCCGCGCCCCUGGGAGGAGCCACGCAGGAGGUGAGAUGUCCCAUCCCUCCAAAUAAGUUCCAGCUGCGUUUGUCGUGCCCGCUGACAGCUGCUUUAGGCCCAGCCAUGCCCACUGCCCUGAGCUCCAACCCCUCUGCCAUGCUCCAGCCCGGGUACAUGGUACCAGCGGGCCCCUACGGAGGGGUGGUGCCCGGCCCCCUAUACCCCCAGCAGUGGUCUGGUAUGCCCAGCCCUGUGGGGAUGAUGGGGGCAGCGGGAGGGAUGCCCUACCCCACCAUGGCCAACCCAGGGGUGCAGGCCUACCCCCUGACCCUGCACAGCCCUGAGAACAUCCCCAACACCAGAAUUACCUAAAGUGACAACUAGCACCUCCCUGCACCCACUAAACCCCUAUCUUACCCCAUCGCCCCUGAUGUUCAACAGACUGCCCCCAGAUGUUCCCCUCUAUCCCAGCACACUAACAUCAGGACUGCAAGACUAACACGUUUGAACUAAUCCUGUGUUGCUAUCCUAACUCCACUCUGUCCCCCCUGGUUCUCACUCCAGGGUUACAAUUGUAACGAAAUCAAACUCUUAAAAACUUUUAAUAGAGUGAUGGGCUGAAAAAUAGAGUAAAGUAGGGCCCACACAAUUAAAUGCUCCAACAAAUGGCUUAUGGGUCAUUCCACCUCAAUGCACAAGAAAGAUGAUUUCGACACACACCAUCUGAUUGUGCUGAAAUAUUUUCUGUAGUUAGAAACCUGAUAAAAUGUUUUUUGAGAUAUAAUUUGAUCUCUGAGAAAUUAAGCUAAUUGCACAAAAAUGUGCCAUUUUAAAUGUAUAUGAUUCAUAUAAUCUUCAAUAAAAAUAGUACCUAACAUCCGAUUUGGACCAUAAUUCUUCAUGAGAAUUAGUAAGACGUGGUAUACAAUAAAAUUAUCAAAAGCCACCCACGGACCCAUGUAAAUCUGGUGACAGUUUUUUCCCCUUUUCACAGAAAUUAGCCUUUUGAAGUCUCUUGCAUUAUUUGAAUUUUAUAUUCCUUUUUUUUUUACAUUUAACCUUUACUUAAUGAGGCAAGUCAGUUAAGAACAAAAUCUUAUUUACAUUGACGGCCUACUGGGGAACAGUGGGUUAACUGCCUUGUUCAGACCAACAGAUUUUUACCUCGUCAGCUUGGGGAUCCUUUCGGUUACUGGCCCAACGCUAUAACCACUAGGUUACCUGCCGCCCCAUUUACCAUCGAUUUAGUGUGAAAGUACUCUGUUUUUCCCACUAGAUGCCACUGUUUCUGCUACUGCCACACCCUUUAAUCAAUUUUGCUGGUCUCUUGUCUUUUAUUAAAUGGAUCACAACAUUUUCUUUGUAACUUUUUGUAGAAAACCAAUAGCUUUUGCUCAUGAUGAAAAUAAAUUGUAUGGAAAUCCUCACAAUUCAAGCAAAGUCCUCCAUUAAUGUAAUUGUUUGUCCUUCUCUUAAUCUGUGUCCAGGAAACAGCCCCUCUAUGUGUGGUUUAUUCUGUUAAAAAAACGUUUAAGAUUAGUUAGGUCAUUCCGGUUGAACAAGCAAAUCAUUAGGCUACAGCGGUUCUAAUUACAUUUAAGUCAUUUAGCAGACGCUCUUAUCCAGAGCGACUUACAAAUUGGUGCAUUCACCAAUGCAAUGUAAUGGUUUCAAUGUCAUGGUCUCGAAUGGUCUUUAAUGGUGAAAGUCCUAAACAUAGUGUUUUGCACUAUGCAUAGUGUUUUGCAUAGUGUUUUGCAAUUGUAUGGUGUUGGGUUGUAAUGGUAAAUGUCACUUAUCACACUACAUAGAGAUGUUUUCUAAAAGUAUUAUUUUUUAACAUACAAGUGCAAUGGUUUAAUAUUUUAUUAGGAUUGUCACAUUUGCAUCACCAGCCAGUUUCUCAAGUUUUGGGCUUGUAGGAAAAGUCUUCAUAUUGCACCAUAAGGACAGGCCUCUCAGGGGGCUGCCAUUUGUUGGACUAUUCAAGAAGAGUUAUAGGUUGAAGCAUUAGGUUUCUAAGAGAAGGACAAACUGAAUUGCUUUCAUGGAGGACUGGCUUGAAGGAUGACCACACAAUCUAUUUUCAUCAUGAGCUGUUUUUGUUCUACCCAAAGUUGCAAAAGAAAAUGUUGUGAUCCAUUUAAUAAACACAAGAAACCAGCAAAAUUGAUAAAGGGUAUGGCAGUAGCAGGAACAGCGGCAUCUAGUGGGAAAAUGCUGGUACUUUCACAAUUUGUGGUAAGUAAUACAAGCUACUUCAAUGGCUAAUUUCUCUGAACAGAUUCACAAGGAAUACAUUACAUGGGAUGAAAAAGCAAUAAUCCAAGCCGCAGCUCCAUACUACUUGUCAGACAUAGAGAACUGAUACUGUUUACUUGUUGGGGUGAGAUUGGUGUGGGGGGGUCUGUGGGUGACCAUGUUAUUGGAUUCCUCACGUCUUACUCAAUGAUAGGUAGAAGUUUGGUCCAAAUCGGAUGUUGGGAACUAUAUGUAUUGAAUAUUAUGUGAAUCCCAUCAAUUUAAAAAGGCUAAUUUGCUUAAUUUCUCAGAGAUCAUUUUUUAUUAACAAAAUAGUGUUGCGGGUAUGCUAAUCUUAUUGGUUUCUAACUAUAGAACGUAUUUCAGAACAAUCUGGGAUGGUGGGUGUCAUGGCUUGCUGAAAUGACAUGGAACGACUCUUAUGUGUUGGAGCAUCUGGUCCCUACUUGACUGUACUACUCACCCCCUCCAGUGUUUCUAUAUGCAGGAUAAUUCUGCUCCACUCUUCUCAGAUUGUGGUUUGAUGCUUUAUUAAAGAGCAACACACGUGUAAAUAGCCUGUGAGCUUGUAAAUAUCCAGUGUGCGUGUCAAUAUACUUUAUACAGCACCGGGAGUUUUCCUGUGUGUAUGUAUACGUGUGUACAGUAUAAAUGUUCUGUGUGUGUCUGAGUACCAACUGCUUUUAGCUUUGGCCUUGUCUAAACUCACAGCCAUACUUUAUAAUAUCAGCGGUCACAAAUGUGAUGUUUUCACCAAAUCCAUCAUAAACGAUAAGUAGUCAUGUUUUCAGAUUGAUUUUUAUUGUUUACUAAUGUUUUGUCAACCUUAAAACACUACAUUAGAAACCAAAAUUCAAUGGUUUAAGAUGAUAGGGCAGGAGACCUGUAUUUUAAAGUGAAGUUCUCUGAAGGAGUGUAGUGCCUUGAACAUUGAUUUUUCUGUCCGCAUUUUCUUUCCGCAACCGAGAGAUUUUAUUUUGCGGUGGCUUUGUGUCUUAUUUUUAUUUUUUUCUUGGUUUACAAUUGAAUGCCCUUGUAGCACUGCACUAUUAACACAGUAUAUGCUUUUAUUCAAGUAAUAAAAUCAUGUUUUUAAUCUUUGUUUACUCCCCACCCCUGUGACAUUUAGAACGCCAUAGAGGUGAAAUGUACAGUUACCCUGUGGGAACAGACAGUUGAUGAACAAUUUUUAAAAGUCAAAGCUCUCUCAUUGGGCAGUGGGUAGUGUCCUAGGCAUAGUUAGAAUUCUUAGAAUUAGCGUUCCCCAGUGGGUGGACCAAUUUAAUUUUCAUUCUAUAUUUAUAGAAUGAGGGGAACCCGUAGUGUCCAGCUCAGAAUGUAGCAGAGGCAGGUUUGCCAAGCAAGACUUAGUGCAAUUUCACCUAUCCACCUAGCUUUCGUAGCGGCCUUCCCACAAGCCUUACCCAGGAACCUGCAACAGGAGCUAGUUUCUUUUGUUGCCGUUUAGUUGAACCUAAGUUACAAAUCACAUUGAAAACGAUAACAGCAGUUACAACUGCUAAAUAUUUUCUGUUGGGGCAAGAACAUGGUUCUCCUUUUAUUGGGCACAUUAUGGGAUUUAUUUAGUGCAAUCACCAGUUAUUAUUUACUUGUCUAAAUUAUUGCCAUUUUAUGUUUCUAAGCUUGAUUUUGAUGCUGCUAGUGUGUCUGAGGUGGAUCCACUGUAAGUAUGAAAGGGGAGUUGAUGUGUGUUUUAUCUGCACACAUGAUGAUACAGUGGAGUCCCUCCAGUAAUAAAACCUUUGUCAGAGGGUGAGUUGUUUUCUCAAUGAGAUUAUGUUCAUGUUCAGUGUUAUUAUAUUGCCUUGUUGAAAUGAAUAAAUGAUGUAUCAUUUCCUAGGUGGUUAUUGAUGAUAUCCUUGCUUUUCUGUAUUGUUUUGAGUGUUUGAUUUCUCUGUUCAGAAUUAAGCAUGUAAACUCCAGAUGGAUACUUGAUUUGCACAACAUGCCCAGUGCUCUAACUAGCCCAUAAUAUCAGUUCCAACACACCUAUACAUAAUGAGGUUAACCUUCCCGCCCCUUAUCCUCCUGACCACUGAAGAGCAUGUCUGUUAUUUUCCAUACAGCCGUGAUUAUCAUUACUAUACAGCCAUUUAGAAAUGUCACAGCCACCACCACACCAGUGAAAGGUUGCAGCACCCCAGUCCUGCCAAGCUGUGAAUUGUACAGUUUUCCUGUCAUUAAUAUAUUUUGUUUAGCUGUUUUGGGAUUUCACGUCGGUGUAUAUUAUUCCAUCAAUUCAGUUUGAAUUGGACUUUUUAUAGGAUAUAAUGCAGAGUUGUCUGCUUUGGUGAAAUACUUGCAGUAGUAAGAGAUUUCUGUUCUCUGUUACUAGUUGUAUCUGACAUUACUGCUACACCUCCCUGUCUGUUACACUUAGUGAGCAGAUUUGGAAAUAACUCUGUUCGAAUAUUCACUGGGAGGCAACAUUCAGAUCCAUAGAAACUGAUCGUAUAGAGCAGAUGUGGUUCUCUGAGGAAUAGAGAAUAAUGCAUGUUCUGAUCAUUGCAUUUCUAUCAGUUCUGAGUAACAUUGCCUCAUUGAAUAUGCCUGUAAUUGUGGAAGGCUUGCACUAAAGCUCUGUGUCGGAUUGCUUCUGCCUGCUAUGUAUCACUAGAUUACCUUACCAACCCAGUCAGCGCACUCAUCACAGACUGUACAUGUUUAAAGAGAAAUAAAUAUAAUUUUGUGCUUGA